GGGAAUUAAUAGAAAAUGGGAAAUCAUCCGUCUGAUGCUUUCGCAAUCUCUGAUUCUGACCUACCAGAGAUGGAAUGGACAAUACCCUUAAAGCUACCCAAAAGACUUACACAGAGCGUCAAGACAUUGAGAAAGAAGGAAAUAUUCUUUGUACCUCAUUUUAUGCUAAAUAUUCGUGAAAUUGAAGAUUCUGAAGAAGACCAAAAUUGGCUAGAAAUAGCUGAUAUCGAGGUUAACAUCAAAAUAUUAAAGAAGCGCAACGGGAAUCCCUUAAUGGUAGAGAGACAUGCAAUUGUGACUAGAGAAGACAUCAACUGAGAUGAUUGUGGGAUUGUAUUUUCUCAUGAUCAUGAAGAUAUUUUCCAAAAAGUCAUGUUAAAUUAUGAAAGUGAGUUUUCCAAAUUCCCUAUUAGAAGGUACACCUACCAGCUCUUGCCAAUACUGCAAAAGACGACUAAGCUACUUGAAAUUAAAAGGUUCCAGAUAGAUACUGACUGCAUUGAAUGUAUCCUAGAGUCAGCUAACCAGGUGAGGAAAAUUGUAUUUGAUUUAUGUCUUAUCCACAGUCAAGGAAUGCGACUUGAUAAGGAUCUAAAUUUUAGAGUCGAAAACCUUAAAUUGAUUGAAAUAGGCCAUCCUUCAGCUACAAACUGGAGAUCAAACAUGGAAGAUUUUCAAGGGUUGAUGUACGCAUUAUAUAAUUCAAAACUCAAAUCUUCAAUUGAAAUACUUGAUAUUUGAGAAGAUGAAGAACUUAGUUUAUUGAUUUGCAAAGAACUGACUCCUUAUCAAGAUCUACCAAUAACCAUCACACAGAGAUUACAUGAAGAUUAAU